AGUGUUAAAAACGUUAAAAAAUACGAAAAAUACAUAAGAAAAACAAUGAAUCUGUUACCAAAAUCUCAUGAAGAAUUUAAAACUUCCGAUUAUUGGAAUACAUUCUUUAAGAAAAGAGGAAAAAAAUCUUUCGAAUGGUAUGGCGAAUAUCCAGAAUUAUGUUCAUAUUUAUUUAAAUAUAUAAAACACAAAGAUGAUAUUCUUGUUGUUGGAUGUGGAAAUUCCACUCUUAGUAUGAAUCUUUAUGAUGCUGGCUACAAAAAUAUGAUAAAUAUUGAUAUAUCUGAAGUUGUUAUUAAACAAAUGAGGGAAUGGAAUAGAUCGAAAAGACCUGAUCUUCCUUAUGAGGUAAUGGACGUCUCUAAAAUGACUUAUUCGGAUGAGAAAUUUAGCGUCAUUUUAGAUAAAGGCACUUUGGAUGCAAUUAUGCCAGAUACUACGGAUGCAACAUUGGAAAUAGUCGACAAAUUUUUUCAAGAAAUUCAUCGAGUUUUACGCAAUGGAGGAAGAUUCGUGUGUAUAUCACUUUUACAAGAGCAUAUUUUAAAAAAAUUAGUUUCUUACUUUCCCACAGCAGGUUUUAUGUUUCGAGUGUCACGAUGUAUUGAAGCAGAAAUGAAAACAAAGGAAGAAGAAGGUUCUACAAUUCCCGUUUUUAUAGUUGUUGCGACAAAAUUCAACAAAUUAUCCCAACCGGUGCUAGAAAUUGCUUUAGACAAUGGACCACCAAGAAGAGUUCAGACGAUAGAAGAAAUUAUAUCUGCAGUUAAUUCAACUCAAGAAUCGGCUCUAAUUUGUAAUACACUUUAUAAAGGAAGUGUCGCGGACGUGGGAGAAGUCUCUCUCGAUUUAUAUCGACCAGGCGAAACAAUUCCAAGAUAUACACUUUAUGUCGUCGAUGAGCCUUCAAAAAGUAAAAAAACAUACGCGGCUUUUAUAGUUCCACAAGGAAGAGAAUCAGAUUGGCUGUUCAGUACAAAAGAAGGGAGACAACAUCUUUUAAAAAGCACGCAAAGAGAUAGAUUAGCUGUUGUGGUAUUGCGUAGAGAACACAAAUUCGAUAAUAUGGAAGCAGUGAAGAAGGAAAUAAAUGACAGUGUCAUCAAUUUAGCUCCAAUAGGACUUGGCGCUAAUGAAAUUCCAUUUUUGUCUCUUGGUUCUGAUGUUGGAAAGCGCCUUGUUUGUUGCGAAGGGACAAGCGAAAUGAGUGGCGCUUAUGUCGUGGAAGAAAUAGAAGAUGAAAAUUCCGUUAUAUACAGACGAUUACUUUUUUUAAAUAAUCAAUUUACUAUUCAAAGUGAAGCAAGAAUAAAAAUAACAAAGUCCAGAAGAGGAAAAAUGAAGAAAAUUGUUGAUCCCGGAUUUUUAGCUUGUGAGCAUCAUAUUAGUAUGAGCCUUGCUGUAAGUUCAUUGACAAGUAUAAAAACUGAUCCAGAAGCACUUGUCGUUGGUCUAGGUGGUGGUGGUCUUUGCACUUUUUUGACCCACUGUUUUCCAAAGUUAAAAAUAACGGCAGUUGAGAUUGACAAGGAGAUAUUGAAAAUAGCGACAGAAUAUUUUGGUUUAGUUCAAACUGAAAAUCUAAAAGUAGAAAUAGCAGAUGGAAUUAAAUUUCUUCACGAUUCUGCUGAGAAUAAAAGAAAAUUUGACGCAAUUUUAUUUGAUGUCGAUAAUAAAGAUGUAUCAUUGGGAAUGAGUUGUCCACCAAAACAAUUCAUUGAAGAUUCUGUAUUAAAUACAGUUGUAAAAACUCUCACGAAUGAUGGACUUUUUAUUUUAAAUCUCGUUGUAAGAAAUCAAGCCCUUAGACAAGGUGUCAUUGAUAAUCUUAAAAAUGUCUUUAAAUUUGUUUCGAGUUGUUCACUUGAAAGCGAUGUGAAUGAAGUAAUUAUAUCUUCCAUGAAUUCAUACGUAAUUGACGAAUGGAAUAGUAGGAUAAAAACGGCAGCUAUUAAUUUAAAUAAACAAGCGAACGAGCAAAAAUUAUCCACUGACAAUUUAAUAAACGUUUCGAAAAUUUUUGAAACUUUUUCCAUUGAAAAAUGAUUUUGUUUAUUAUAUUUUUUUGCAAACAUAAUUUAAAAUAAAGUUUAAAUUUUCUAUUGAAUGAAAUUUUUUAUAAUAAAAAUUAUAUAAAUGUAUUUUGAAAGAAGGGUAACAAUUUGUUACACAUUUUUUGUAAAAAAAUAUUUCUUCUACAAAAUAUGAGAACAAUAUUUUGUAAAA